AUGAAACUGGGGCCGGGGCGGGGAGACAGCCCUGGCCCGACCCUUGCCCUCUGGCCCUCCCCGCCUCCAGAGAAGCGUCUACACCGGCUGAACCUGCUUCAGUCCCACCCCGAAGAAGUGAUGUACUUCCAAGCCCGGGAGCCCCCCGGCUCCGUGGAGGACGACCACGUCCCCUUCCUCCGCAGAGGGGUCCCGGUGCUCCACCUCAUCGCCACGCCCUUCCCCUCCGUCUGGCACACACCUGCCGACUCGGAGGCCAACCUCCACCCGCCCACGGUGCACAACCUGAGUCGCAUCCUUGCCGUGUUCCUGGCGGAAUACCUGGGGCUCUAGCCUGCGGGCCUGACCGUGUGGAGCAGCAGCGGGGAGCGUGCUGACGGCACCUGCAGCCUGGGAGCUCACGCGUGCUGCUCGCCCUCGCCCACGCCUGCUGUGGCUCCUGCUUGCACUGUCACUGCAGACCCUCUCUCCGCGGCCACCCUCCAUGGACAGGAAAGAGGCCGCUGUGGGCGUGGGAGCCCAAGGACGAAGAGCUUGGCCCUUCCCGGAGGUGAACACUGGGUGUGCAGGUGUGCAGGGACCAGAUGCUGACAGCCGGGACCCAGCGACAGCGCGGGAACAAGCGGGCGCUCUGUGGCUUGCGUUUUGUGUCGGCCACGCAACUGCAGCUGUGCAGACCCAGCUCCCUGGUGGGGCCUCCGGGGCGUGCACCGUGCACAGGAGCAGGAGAGAUGGAGGCCAGCCCGUCCUGCUGCAGGACCCCGUGGGCAGGCAGAGGGGACCGGCGCCUGCACGUAGCUUCUGCAGAACUGGAGUGCAUCGGCGGAGCACGGCAAAGGGCGUCAGUGCGGCGGUUCCCAAAGUACUUGGCCAUGGAGCCCUUCCAGAAGAUUGUUCGGGAAACACUGGGUUUGCACCAUUUACGAGCACCGAGGGCGGGAGGGACACGGGGUCACGGCAGAGCGGCUCUUCCUACCAAACCACCUUUUCCGGGGGGUGGGGGGUGCGGCUGCAUUCCCCAGCCUGACAGGACUGGCGCACUCCGCUGGGGUGCCUCUCACAGGCCGGGACCCUGCGGCAGCGGGGGGCAGCGUGCAGUGGGCACCUGCCUGGCACCCAACGUGGUGGGCCAUUAGACAGCGAAGGUGACGUCCGCCUCCACUCCAGAACUCGGGGCUCAGUCUCAGGCCGUGGCCGGAUGGGCCGGCCACCAGGUCCCCGACGCAGCUCCCUCAGGCAGCCAGCACGGCCCCCCGUCAGCUCAGUCCCCCCCCCAACUCCCGAGGUGGGCGGGAUUUCGGCUCGCUCUGGGGAUGUGAUUGAGGCGCGCGUGCUGAGGCUGUCUUCAAGGGCCGGGGACCGUCACCGGGGCUGUGCUCCCUCCCUCUCCCCCACGUCCUACCUUCCUUCCCCAACCACCUGGGCUACAGGAACAGGGUAUUGAUCAAAGGCAGCCAAGGCCUUCAAGCGGCUUGUGGGUGGCUUUGUGCACAAUUCCGGCUUGAAUCUGGAUUGUCAGCCGCACCUGACGGGAGCUGCUGGUGCUUGGUCCCCGGGCCGCUGGGCCCUGCGGCUGCAGUCACACUCCCGCUCGGCCUCCCCUCGGCUUCAAGCUGGGAAGGGACUGGCAGGGUCUUCCACAAGCGCCAGGCCUCAGAACCUGAAAUGCUGCAGGACACGAUGGAUGUCACAUUCCGCCGGACCUCACACCACGGCUCACAGCUCAGAUGCAAGCACGUGGAAAUAUUGUGCAAAACUGCCCCCAGGCCGUUUGUGUAAGGUGUGUACGGAACCUGAGGAGUCCUGUCCCCUGAGUACUGCGUACAUGCAAAGGUGCCCGCGUCUGCAAACACUGCUGGUCCCAAGCACUUCGCACAAGGGAUACUCGGCAUUUAUCCCCAUUUCUCAGACUGAGAAACUGAGCCCCUGAAAAGUCAGUGACCCAAGGUCACAGGGCAGGGGGAGCUUCGUGGCGGCGUCUGGGAGUUCUCUUCUGUCUGCCUCUGACCCGGGGGUGCCUGUGUCAGUGUGGCGCGAGGCCGCCGUGGCUGUGUGGGCUCAGCGUUCUUCCCGCUCUGGACCGCCCGCGCCAGAGUUGGGCCGUCACCCCCUCCCCCCUCACCCUCUCGGACCCCCUUGGGCCCCUCUUCUCUGGUUUUUCUGCUUCGUCCUCCCUCCUCCUCCUCCCUCAGCUUUCGUCCAGAAAGCUCCCCCUCAGCGGCCCCACCCGAGCCCGGAGUCUGGGACGUCUCUCUGUUGUAUUUUCUCCCAUCCUCCAGGCCGGUUUUCAGCCUGUAGCUCUUUUUAAAGACAGCUGGGAAUACACAGGGCUCAUUGUCGGUGGCCGAGGCUCUGGGUGUUCCCGCCGCUGCUUGUGAGAAGUUGUUCCGGGGACGCUGGGUUCCUCCCGCCCGUGACACAGGCUGUGGGUCUGUCUACACCUGUGGCAAGGGCGUCUCUGACCACGGUGUCCCAGGUCAGCUUUCUCUCCUUGGUCCUGCGUUCCCCUCGGGGUCCUGAACCUGUGGCUCCCCGGGAUCCUGGCUCUUACCAGGUUCCUGCCUCGGGCAGCCCACGGCCUUGAGGGCAGUAAGGCUGGGAACAUUAACAGGAAACCCUUUUGUCCCCAGCGGCAAACAUGGCGAACGCACCUUCCCUGUCUUCAGCCUGGUGGGUGCCGGCUGCAUUUUACUACUUGCUGCUCUUAAGGAAAUUAUUCUGCGUGCUGUUUUCGGCAACAGGGUCUGAGUAACCUGACUCAGCCACCACAGGGGAUCGAAGCUCCCUGACCCGGGCCAACGCUCAGACCCGGGGCUCAGACAGCUCAGCGGCGAGGACUCUGACCCCCUCUGGAAGGAUGCCAGGAACUGCCCGCGGCCUCUCAAUGUUUGUUUUCUCUUUUCUAUUUAAAUUUAAAAGUGUGCUGUGGCACAGACUGAGUUGUUGCCUGUGACGCCACCGGCGCCAGUUCCAGUGCUGGCGGCUCCACUUCCGUCCCAGCUCCCUGCUAACGCGCCUGGGAAAGCAGUGGAGGACGGACCAAGUGCUGGGGGCCCUGCACCCGCAUGGGAGACCCAGAUGAAGCUCCCGGCUCCUGGAAGCUUCUCUAACUCUGCCUUUCAAAUAAAUAAAUCUUUAAAAAGUGUU